AGAGAGAGAGAGAGAGGGUUUUGUUUUAUUUUGUUGUGUAUAUGACUUAAAAUAGCUUAGCCUUUUCGUGAUCAUUGUAAGUACUGUCAAAAGAAGAGAUUGGAAUCUUUACAGGAAUGGUAGGUGCUUCAGUCCUCAGCUUCUCUUUUCUUCUGUGUUUAUAGACCCUAAACAAGGAAGGAGGAUACAAAGCUAGGAUAACAUUCAAGAGAGCUUUUCCACUUGCUUUUGUUAAUUUGGUUCUAUUAUGGUCUUCUCAGGUAUGUCCUCGUGUCUAAAUUAGAUUGCACUCGGUCAGCUUUUGUAUGGUUGUUGACAGUUCUUUCCAAACUCUAGUAGAAGGGUAUAGCAAUGCUAGAUCAGUAGAAUCCCUAGCUUUUUUUUACUCUUGUGCGAGUGUUGACCCCCUAUAGAAAGAGCUUUCUUGUUUUGUUGGUGAAGUCGAUAGAUGGGAAACUAUAGGUUUAGAUUAUCUGACAUGAUGCCGAAUGCUUGGUUUUACAAGCUCAAGGACAUGGGAAACAAAGGAAGGAAGAGCCAUACCAACUCACGUUCCAUGAAGAAGUGCUAUCCUACUACAAGGACAUCACCAUCCGCACCACCAGAGCCAUCCACACCACCAUCCCCAGAGCCCAAACAAGACCUUCUCCCCAGAAGAGGCUCUUACUACAUCUCUAGCAGAGUCGAAACAGAGAAGUUCCCCAAUUCCCCUUUCCACCUCCAGGCUUCCGACACCCACUUUCUCAUAGACCUUCCUCGGAGAUCCAAGAGAAGAAGCAGAAGGAAGGGCAGCAAGGCUUCCCACACCACCAAGCUUGUCACCUCCUCUCUCUCUGCUGGCUGUGGCUGCAGAGUGUGGAAGUCUGAAGCCGUGACCGACUUCCCAGAAGCCUCCCUCGAGAGCCCUUCGUGCGACCGCCACCACCGCAUCCAUGGCCGUGGCAAUGACCUUCACAAGCCCCUCAUCAGCAACAAAAUCGAAUUCGAUGGUUUCGAUGGCGUCGCGUCAUGGUCACACUCUUGUAGCUUCUGGGUCACCACCUCUGCAACCGAUAUAAUCAUUGAAUUGGGCACCAGGAGCUCCAUCUCUCGAAAACUCGAAAAGGUUGGGGACUGCACCAUGGUCUCAGAGCAUAGAAUCCCACGAACUCUAACAAAGCCGGCGAAGAAGGAAGCCGGCGCUGUUAAAUUAGAUAAUGCCGAUAUGCAUGCAAAGCAGGGGGUCUACCAUAGUGGUUGUUCUGUAGAGGAGCAGAGCAAGAGCGCAGUGAAGAAGUCCCCGCCGGGACUUCAUCGACUUCGGAUGAGGGAAAGCUCUCCAAGGCUCGUCAGCAACAGGGUACAACAGGUCCAGCGAAACCGGAAGAGCAGCGACUUGGCGAUGACGGCGAAGGGAUUACGGGAGAGUUUUGCGAUCAUUAUAUCAUCAUCAGAUCCUCAGAGGGAUUUCAGAGAGUCAAUGGUGGAGAUGAUCGUCGAGAACAAUAUCCGGGCAUCGAAGGAUCUGGAGGAGCUUCUGGCUUGCUACUUGUCGCUGAAUUCGAAAGAGUAUCACGGUGUGAUCGUCAAGGUAUUUGAGCAAAUUUGGUUUGAUCUCACUAACAUUAGAUUGUAAAGAAGUAAGAACAGAGUCCCUCAGCAUGGGAUUUGUAUUAAUCUAUAUAUGCCUUGGAUAGGUUGUUUUCCUAUUUUUUUUAAAA